AUGCGCUACCAUUAUAGCCCCGUCUUCAGAGAAAAGGUCUUUUCUGCUGAGUCCGCCUGUGUUGAUUACAGACCCCCCAAGCGAUCCUGCCUUAUAGGGCCGGAGAGACCUUUGGUAGCACUUCCAAAACUGGAUAUUAAACCUAGAUCCAUCUCUUUUUAAUACUGUUACAGUUCCUGGGCAAUCGUUGCAGUUGGAUUGCUGGUUCUGGUUUUUAUUGCUCUGUUGGCUCGUGUUCUUGUCAAAAGAAAACCACCAAAAGACCCGCUGUUUUAUGUUUAUGCUGUAUUUGCCUUUACCAGUGUAGUGAAUCUAAUAAUUGGACUGGAACAGGAUGGAAUUAUUGACGGAUUCAUGACUCAUUACUUGAGAGAGGGUGAACCAUAUCUGAACACUGCGUAUGGCCACGUGAUCUGCUAUUGGGAUGGCUCCGUUCAUUAUCUGAUGUAUCUGUUGAUGGUGGCAGCUAUUGCAUGGGAACAAAGCUAUAGAACCAUUGGCCUCUACUGGCUAGGUUCCAUUAUCAUGAGCAUCAUUGUCUUUAUGCCUGGAAACAUUGUGGGAAAAUACGGAACAAAAGUGUGUCCUGCUUUUUUCUUAAGUGUACCAUAUAUUUGCCUUCCCAUAUGGGCUGGGUUCCGAAUUUAUAACCAACCUUCGGUGACUCACGACACUCCAGUCAAGGUGGUUCAGGAAGUCCAGAAGAAAGGACUCUUAAGACGACCAAUAGAUUUAAUGUUAGCUGCAUACCUCAUUCUAGCAACGGGGUUUUGCAUAUUUAGGGGCAUGAUGCUGGCAUAUAUGUUCUACUCUGUGCCAUACUAUGUGAUUGCUCUGUAUGGCCUGCUGGUGCCUGGUUGUUCCUGGAUGCCCGAUUUAACCCUUAUACAUGCUGGAGGACUAGCUCAGGCUCAAUUUUCCCACAUUGGUGCUUCUCUUCACGCUCGAACGCCUUACAUCUACAGAGUCCCUGAAGAAGCAAAACAGCUUUUUCUGAUAUUGAACGUAAUGUAUGGGAUUCUUCCCCAGCUGUUGGCUUACAGAUGCGUCAACAAGCCAGAGUUUUUUAUGAAAACAAAACAAGAAGAAAAAACGGAAUAGCACAACUGUUUUCAGCUCCUCCGUGUGGCUGUGUAUAUAAUUGGGCUGGGAUGUAACUGAACUGCUCCAAUGGAACCCGAA